AUGCAGGGGAAGUGGGAGGUGCCCGUACCAAAGGUGCGUGCUCAGGGCGAGACGGAGGUGCUGAAGGUGGUUCGCACGGGGAAGAGGCAGAAGAAGGCCUGGAAGAGGAUGGUCACCAAAGUCUGCUUCGUCGGAGAUGGCUUCACGCGCAAACCGCCCAAAUACGAGCGCUUCAUCAGACCCAUGGGUUUGAGGUUCAAGAAGGCACACGUCACUCACCCUGAGCUGAAGGCCACAUUCUGCCUGCCCAUUCUGGGCGUGAAAAAGAACCCCUCCUCCCCUCUCUACACCACCCUCGGGGUCAUCACCAAGGGAACGGUCAUCGAGGUCAACGUCAGCGAGCUUGGCCUGUUCACCCAGGGCGGCAAAGUCAUCUGGGGGAAAUACGCCCAGGUGACAAACAACCCGGAGAACGAUGGCUGUAUUAACGCAGUGCUGCUGGUAUAACAGAACUCUGCACCACCUAAUGUACUGAUCACAGCCUUGGGCCAGACCACACAGAAUAUCGGCAUUCCCAUCCAGCAUACGGAAGCCCUGCACUCCUGGACCUGAGUUGGGAUACUUUGGAACUUGGGAUUUUGUGUGUGUGUGUGUGUGUGUGUGUGUGUGUGUGUGUGUGUGUGUGUUGGAUGGAUGGAUGGAUGGAUGGAUGGAUAACACGUGCGUGGGUGGAUGGAUGAAUGGAUGGAUAACACAAACGUUAUCAGUGUUUUAGAGCUGUGGGUCCUGAAACACACUGUUUAGUGUUUCUCCUGCAGUGGCUGCCUGGUUCAGCCUGCCGUCUGUCUGAAGCAGGGCAGACACUAAACCCUGCAGGACGGGCCUGAGAGACCCUGGGCUUUACACCGGUGUGUGCGCGCGCGUCAGUUUAAAACAGCAGCGGGUUCAAUAAAACACGUUUUCACCGGGUGGGAUUCAUGCGUCUGUCCAGUUUCAGCCUGCUGCUUUCUGCCGGGAAUCCAGAACUAACGACACAUUUAAGCAGGAGUUGGGGAUGUACAUUAAGAUUUUUAUACAAUCAUUAAAAAUAAUAAGCCCAAAUUUGACGAGGUAAUUCACUAAAGCCAAUAUGAGUGGCUGAGACAUAGCAAGUAAUUACGAUGUAGAGAAUUUACGAUGUUAUAAUUUAAUAUUAUAAUAUUCGUUUAAUGUUUUCAAGGUUUCAUUAAUGAUCACUUAUGAAACAAUGUAAUAUGAAAACAGCAAUAUAAUAAAUAUAAAAGCCUUUAGAUCUUUA